AUGGUAGGACCCAAAGCUCACCAAAUCACACCACCCAGCUCCCAACUGACCGUCAACCCCCAGGCCCCCGUCGCCCCCUCCAAGCGACGCACCCUACGCGCCAAACUCGCCGCCAAAUCCAACAGCGAGCCAUACGCCCCACGCAAGGCACCGCGGCCCGACGCCGACGCGCUUCCCGACAACAACAACAACAACAACAACAACAACAACAACAACAACAACAACAACAACAACAACAACAACGACGACAGCAUCUUCAGCAACAGCAAGAAAGACAAGCGCCACAUCAAGCACUCGUCGUUCGUAUCGCGGAUCGAGAAGUCGUCGUCCACGUCAAAAGCGCUGAAGCGCCGCCGCCCCGGCAAGAAGCUCGUCGCGAAUCUUGAUUCUUUGGCCGACGCGCUGCCGGAUCUGAUGGAGGGUGGCGAGAUGGAGGAGGGGCUCAGGCAGUUGAGGGAAGGGAAGGUGCGGCAUAAGAGUUUGAGGUCGAAGCCCGGCGCGCUGAAGAGGAAGGAGAGGGUUGUUAGGGGGGAGGUCGAGCGGUUUGGGGUCAGUUUGGCGCGGCUUAAUGCUGUGGGUGCGGCGGAUGGGGAGGCGGUGCAGGCCCCGGGACAGGAUGUUCAGAUGCAGACGCAGACGCAGACGCAGGCACCAGCCCAGCCGGCGAACUCGACGGCUAGUCGGUGGGCGGCUUUGAGGGGCUUCAUCUCGGCGACUAUGGAGCAGAAUCCUGCGUUUGUUGGGAAGAAGGACGAGGAAUGA